CUGUCGGUGCCGCCUCUGCCAACCUUCCCGAACCACCCAUCAAUUCCCGCCUCGUGUCAGUGUGGCACCACGACCAGCAACUGCACCACCAGCUGGACAAGCUGGCAGACGACUACGACACUGACAGCAUGAAGGUGUACAUGACGACACUGGCCCUGGGUCAGGACAACCUCACCAGCGUGUACGACCCUUCAGUUGGUGUGUAUUCAACGUAUAGCGUGUACAAUCAUGGGCGUAGCGUGUACUAUCAUGGGCGUAGAAUGUACAAUCAUGGGUGUAGCAUGUACAAUCAUGGGCGUAGCAUGUACAAUCAUGGGCGUAGCAUGUACUAUCAUGGGCGUAGAAUGUACAAUCAUGGGUGUAGCAUGUACAGUCAUGGGCGUAGCGUGUACAAUCAUGGGCCUAGCAUGUACAAUCAUGGGCGUAGCAUGUACAAUCAUGGGCGUAGCAUGUACUAUCAUGGGCGUAGAAUGUACUAUUAACUGUCAGGGUCGUAACAUAAGAGGCGUGGCCUGAGUGCUUGAAUCUCGGAGACCAUAUUCCUUUAUAAUGCCCCUCUCAACUCUGAAACCCAAUAAAAUACCACCACAGCCAAUUUUGGCGACCCUACUAGUCUUUCGCCCGGUGACAUCUGCCCUUCUUCCCUAGCUACGCCUCUGCUUAGCAUGUACAAUCGUGGGCGUCCUGCAUUAGUGGAUGGUGAUUUUAAACAAUAUUAAUAUUUAGUUGUAUUGAUUUAUUUUUAAAUUAUAUUGGGUGGGGGGGGGGGGGGUGUCCUCAUGUAAGUAAGUCCUACUGGGGUGGGGGUCUUCUUGUAGUAAGUCCUACUGGGAUGGAAGUCUUCUUGUAAGUAAGUCCUACUGGGGUAAGGGAUCCUCUUGUAAAUAAGUCCUACUGGGGUGGGGGUCCUCUUGAAAGUAAGUCCUACUGGAAUGGGGGUCCUCUUGUAAGUAAGUUCUACUGGAGUGGGGUUCUUUUUGUAAGUAAGUCCUACUGAGGUGGGGCUUCUUGUAAGUAAGUCCUACUGGGAUGUGGGUCCUCUUUUAAAUAAGUCCUACUGGGGUGGGGGUCCUCUUGUAAGUCCUACUGGGGGUAAGGGAUCCUCUUGUAAAUAAGUCCUACUGGGACGGGGGUCCUCUUGUAAAUAAGUCCUACUGGGUUGGGGGUCCUCUUGUAAGUAAGUACUACUUUUAAACUGGUUUCAAGAACACAAACAUGGACAAUACCAAUUUAUUUCCCGCCAUUCGAUUGCAGCAAGGCUGUUGUUAAAAGGCUUCGCGUCCUCUGGUCUUGCGUCAUCAGAGCAUGUUGUCAAGUAGUUUGUUUCUCUCAAACAAAAAUGAAAGACAUCAACAAAAGGCUUCGUUUUUUCCCCUUUAAAAUCUGCGCCUCCUGCGAGACCGAGGAAUUUAUAUUCCUGGACCACUAGGAAAUUAUUUCAACCCUAACCAUGUCGUUUUAUAGCACCUUCAACCCCAGCAGCCUAAUCAUACCAUCUCCAAUCAUACCCUCUCCAAUCAUACCAUCUCCAAUCAUACCAUCUCCAAUCAUACCAUCUCCAAUCAUACCCUCUCCAAUCAUACCAUCUCCAAUCAUACCAUCUCCAAUCAUACCCUCUCCAAUCAUACCAUCUCCAAUCAUACCAUCUCCAAUCAUACCCUCUCCAAUCAUACCAUCUCCAAUCAUACCAUCUCCAAUCAUACCCUCUCCAAUCAUACCAUCUCCAAUCAUACCAUCUCCAAUCAUACCCUCUCCAAUCAUACCCUCUCCAAUCAUACCAUCUCCAAUCAUACCAUCUCCAAUCAUACCAUCUCCAAUCAUACCAUCUCCAAUCAUACCAUCUCCAAUCAUACCCUCUCCAAUCAUACCCUCUCCAAUCAUACCAUCUCCAAUCAUACCCUCUCCAAUCAUACCCUCUCCAAUCAUACCAUCUCCAAUCAUACCCUCUCCAAUCAUACCAUCUCCAAUCAUACCAUCUCCAAUCAUACCCUCUACAAUAAUACCAUCUCCAAUAAUACCACCUCCAAUCAUGCCAUUUCCAAUCAAACCACCUCCAUUCAUACCAUUAUCAAUCAUAUGAUCUCCAAUCAUAGCACCUCCAAUCAAACCAUCUCCAAUCUUACAGCUCCAGCCUUAGCACCCCCAGAAAUAGAAACGUGCAGGGGCUGAACUCAUGGUUUACAUUGUAGGGAAUUGACAUUUUUGGUAACUUUAUCAAUUUGGAUAGUCCUGCCGGCGCCCAUGAUUAUACAUAGAGUUUAACUAUUAUGUUGUUUCGUUCUCCUAACAUUACAGCUGUCUGGUUGGUUAGUCUUGCAUGAUGCAUUAGGUGUACGUAAAACAUUUUCACUGUUUGUAUUUCUUACGUCAACUUUCUAUUGAUAAUCGUCUCUGCUAUGGAUCUGAAAAUUAAAUUAGAAUUCUGUGUAACAUGUUAUAUUUUUCUACUGUGCAGCAAACAACCGAUUCAAAAUUAUGAGAACAGUGUCUGCAGUUCAUUGACAUAUUAGUUGGCUUGCUCAUUCUCAGAUUUUGGUUCAAUUUCCGAAUUCCCCAUUCUCAGUGUUUAGCGUUCUCUCCGAAAAGACGAUAUCUUUGGAUUUAAGGAACUAGAUUUGUUCCCCUUGACAUGAGUUCUUUAAUCUUGUCUUUGACUUAACUCAGUUGCAUCUCAUACCUUCCCAGCGCAGUUAUUUUUGUAAGAACGGUAAUUACUCUUAUAUUGUAUUUUUAUGCUACAUUUCAUAUCAUCAUAAAAUACAAGUUUUCUGCCAAAAAGAAUGAUGCAAGUUAUUAAUAUAAGAGUUUUUCAACGAAUUCUAACAGAAAUUAAGCCUUUUUCGAAUUCUUACAUCUCUCUCUCUCUCUCUCUCUCUACCCCUCUGAAACCUUUUUCUGCUAUUCAUAUCACAUGGUGGUAAAACCAACACCAACAAUAGUUUGGUAACAUUACAAACAAGGUGUUCAUGAUAAAAUAGUUGUUAUAUUUAACAAAACAAACGUACUUGUUAGGCAAGUCAUUUAAAUAAGUUAUCCUAUUGGGCACUGGCAGCUUCCAUUCAGAUUUCUGGCCAGUGCCUCCACAACGGUGAAGGUCACUGCCUCCAUGCACAUGGCCAGGAAACUCGAAGACCAAGCGAGGAUAGAUGGACAUGAGCAAAAUAAAGUUUGGGAAAACCUAAACCAAAAUAUAUAAUUAAUUAUUUUUUUUACAAAUAAUAAUAAUAAUAACACUUAGCUUAAAUUUCCUGGGUUUUACUACCAUUUACCUAAAUGUUAUUUUUUUAAAUUUAAUUCUGUUUUGUUGUUUGUUCGCAGAGGAAGGCUUCUUUCCGACACGUUCCUUGUUUUGUUGCGUUUUUUUUUCCUCCAGGUUCUCCCAUGCUUACUUUGUUUCGCUGAUUUUCAUUUUUCUAACCUGAUUGCAGUCUCUCCCACUUAUUACCAGUGAGGAUAGAGAAGUCCCCCUCCCCCACACACAGAGGCGUAGCGUGGUGGGGGCAGGGGGGGGGACAGAUGUCCCCGGGCGCCAGCUAGUUAGGGGCGCCAAAAUGUGCUUUGAUAUUAUUUUAUUGAUGAAAAUAAUGGGUUUGAGAGUUGAAAAAAAGAAAAAGGGGCGCUAAAAAUGGAUUUUGUCCCCGGGCGCGAAUCUUGUCCCCGGGCGCCAAACACCCUCGCUACGCCACUGCCCACACACACUUAUUUCUUCUACUUUACCACACGUGAUCCAUGACACAUACAACAUGACCAGUUGUGGCGUAGCAGUUGUGGCGUAGCAGUUGUGACGUAGCAGUUGUGGCGUAGCAGUUGUGGCGUAGCUGUUGUGGCGUAGCAGUUGUGGCGUAGCAGUUGUGGCGUAGCUGUUGUGUUGUAGCAGUUGUGGCGUAGCAGUUGUGGCGUAGCUGUUGUGGCGUAGCUCUGUCGUGUUAGCGUUUUGUAAAAUACGCAGCGAGAAACAUACGAAAUAGAUUCAAUUUAUUUACUUGUUUCUUCUUUAUUUAUUUCUCCCCCCACAGAGCGCAAGGAGCUCUGGGAAUCAUUCCUGAUAAGAAAAGAGGCCUGUCGUCUGGAUCUCACGAGACAUGAAAAAACGCGGGAAAAAUACCACCACUUUUUGACACAGAUCGGCAGAGAGGAGCAAGGGAAGCAAUUCUUUCACGCGAUGAUCAUGCUCCUGAAAUCCAAGGGAGCCGUGGAUAUUUUCAAACACACCAACCCCAGACAUUAUCCAGACCUGGAGUCCACGUUUUGCGGACACCUCUGUCGGCUGUUCGAGCAGAAGAUCGGGACGUGGUUCGAUUCGUUUGAGGCCGUCAACGUCCGACUCACGGCCCACGUCAAGGUCGCCAAUCUGGUGCGGGUCUUGUCGGGUCAGGUUGACCUCAUUUGUCGUAAGGCCGGGAUGCUGCACGCGGUCAACAUCAAAGUCACGGGCAUGCCCACCCCUAGGCCAAUGGACGUGAACGAACUGUGCCUGGUCAAGGCCAUGGUCAUUCAAAACGGGCUCGCCCACCCGGACGCCAUGUCGUGUUGUCUGCUCGUCUGCCAUCUCGGCGAGGACCGGCCCGUGCUCAGAUUGUGGGAGUAUCGCCCGACCAAAGCGAUGGACGCGGCUAUAAGGGAAGCAGACGUCGACAACAUGAUCGAGGCUGGGAAGCUGUCGAAGCUGCACGAGAUGUGGCCCCAGAAUGUGCUGCCGCCCGGGAUGGCCAGUUUGACGGCCAGGCUGGCGGACGACACUGGACCGGCGAUCCCGGUCAACAUGGUGGCCAAACAAACGAACGGAGUUGACAACAACUUUGGGAAUGAUGGCAGCAACCGGAGGACACCGUCGAUCGUCCAACCAGCAACUUAAGUGUCACGAAAUGGUGAUGGCUCCUUGCAUAAACACAAGCAACAACUUAGGUGUCACGAAAUGGUGAUGGCUCCUUGUAUAAGCACAAGCAACAACUUAGGUGUCAUGAAAUGGUGAUGGCUCCUUGCAUAAACUCAAGCAGCAACUUAGGUGUCACAAAAUGUUAAUGUCUCAUUGCAUAAAUCAAGCACCAACUUAGGUGUCACAAUAUGUUGAUGUGUCCCUGUUCAAACACAAGGAACCAUUAUGUCUGUCUUGUUUCUCCAUCUCGUGGUACAUGUAGGUUCAUUAAAGUCCCUAAAGACACAGUCUUCUAUAAUUAUACAUCAAAGCUUAACCCUAAAGAUAUUCUAUUGGUAAUGUAGCGACCCAUAACUAUUCACCAUGUGCAGAACGUAUAUUGUUAUACAAAUCAAAUUUUGAUUAAUUUAUUUAUAAAAUGAAGGAGGAAGACCAAGUCUUACUUAAGCUGUUCAACAUAGCUGCGGAAAUAGAGUCUGUUUUGAUUUAUUUAUGUUUGAUUUCUAUUUUUUGUUGAAAUUGUAGGAAAUGUUUGAAUUGUGUUACAAUAAUUAACAUUUUCUGCUUCACCAAAAAUAUGGGCGCAACCUGAUAAGACAUUUUUAGGAUAGUAAUGGGGAUUAGUUGGCAAAGUAAAAAUGUGGCACGCCUCACGGGUGUGGUCUCUGUCCUUCACUCUCUCUCUCUCUCCCUGUCUCUCUCUCUAUCUCUCUCUAUCUCACUAUAUAUAUAAAAUAUAAAUACUUAAUUUCAUAAUAACCAAUGUCUAUUUUCUUUAAGUUGUUAUUAUUCACUGAGUAGCCUUUUUGAUAACCCAAAUAAAAUAGUUUCCUUGUGUCUGACCUAUAAAUGUAUCACUACAUUAUAUAAAUGUAAAAAUAUGCAAAUGUAAAGAUCAUGUGAUGUGUAUUUAUUCAAAUGAAGUUUCAAACCCUCAAGUUAUUUUUUAUUUUAUUUUUUUAUUUUUUGUGGGGUGAGAUUCCGUAGUUGGGCAUUCUUACACCCUUUAUAUUCCCCAGUGCUCAAAUGAUCUGAUUUAUAUAUAAUAUAUAUAUUAUCGACCAGUGCUAAUAAAGUCCAAUACUCGAAGGUCGAGAUUCUAUCUCUUAGGACCUUUGGCCGUGAAACAUAGCCUAGUAGUCCCUGGGGACUCCGGCCAUGCAACUCUGCCCAGAGUGAUGUGGGGUUGGAACAGCUUUGCUUCCUCUCCGGACAUGACGUUGCGUUGCCACCUCCACCGCCCGGGAGCUGUACGUUUUCCUUGGUAUGGGACGGCUUUGCUUCCACUCCGGGAGUAGUCACGAGCUUAACUUUCUCCCACCGUUCCCAAGAGUUGUACGAGCAAGUUUGGUUCCCAACGAAUUGUUCCCCCCGGUGAGGCGUUGCGUUGCCUCAAGCCCGCGUUUCUCCGGGAGCGUUUCGGACAGGACUGUGAAGGGUCAAAACGGCUUUUACUUCCUCUCCAGGGGAGGCGUUGCGUUACCUCAACCCACCGUUCUGGGAGUGGUUCGGGCUGGACGUGGCGAGGACGAAACGGUCGCCUAGGGGCGGCUUUCUCAGGGCCGCGUCUUUUUAAUCAUUGACAAUUGACCAGUGCUAAAAUAAUCUAUAUUGAUAUCUAUUUUUGUGAAGGGUUGCAGCUAGUGUUGGACUGCUGACUGCUUAUCAACUUCUAACAGUUUUUAAUUCUGUUUUUACACAUUUUCAAUCCGAUAAAGACAAUUUCCAUGGUUACCACAGCGUAUACACAUGUGUGUAUACAAAUGUGUGUAUACAAAUGUGUGUAUACAAAUGUGUGUAUACAAAUGUGUGUAUUCAAAUGUGUGUAUACAAAUGUGUGUAUACAAAUGUGUGUAUACAAAUGUGUGUAUUCAAAUG